AAGCAGUACUAUAAUGGAUGUAGACAGCACAAUUUCCAGUGGGCGUUCAACUCCAGCAAUGAUGAAUGGACAAGGAAGCACUACAUCUUCAAGCAAAAAUAUUGCCUAUAAUUGUUGUUGGGACCAGUGCCAGGCUUGCUUCAACUCUAGUCCAGACCUGGCAGAUCACAUCCGUUCCAUACAUGUAGAUGGUCAGCGAGGAGGGGUCUUCGUUUGCUUAUGGAAAGGUUGUAAAGUUUACAAUACCCCAUCAACCAGUCAGAGUUGGUUACAGAGGCACAUGCUGACACACAGUGGAGACAAACCUUUCAAGUGUGUCGUUGGUGGCUGCAAUGCCAGCUUUGCUUCUCAGGGAGGGCUUGCUCGCCAUGUACCCACACACUUCAGUCAGCAGAACUCCUCAAAAGUGUCUAGCCAGCCAAAGGCCAAAGAAGAGUCUCCUUCUAAAGCUGGAAUGAACAAAAGGAGGAAAUUAAAGAACAAGAGACGGCGCUCAUUACCACGGCCACACGACUUCUUCGAUGCACAGACGCUGGAUGCUAUGAGACACCGAGCCAUAUGCUUUAAUCUCUCAGCUCAUAUAGAAAGUUUAGGGAAGGGACACAGUGUUGUUUUUCAUAGUACUGUAAUAGCUAAGAGAAAAGAGGAUUCUGGGAAGAUAAAACUUUUGCUUCAUUGGAUGCCUGAGGACAUCCUGCCUGAUGUAUGGGUGAAUGAAAGUGAACGACACCAAUUAAAAACUAAAGUAGUUCAUUUAUCAAAGCUACCCAAAGAUACCGCCUUGCUUUUGGAUCCAAACAUUUACAGAACAAUGCCGCAGAAGAGGUUGAAGAGAACUCUGAUAAGAAAAGUGUUCAAUUUGUAUUUAAGCAAACAGUGAAGGACAUUUGCAAUCAACUAAAAAUUCGUCUAUCAAAUUAGGGCUGAAACUUUCUGUUAAAGAGUGUUGCAGUAUGGUGGCUCCCUUUUCAGGACUAGGGCUUUCAUGGAGCACAGUAUGUUAAUACUCACCUAUAUAAUCUGUUAAUGGUUUUUGGAAAACCUGUCUCAAAUUAUUUAAUUCUCAUGUUUUCAUUUUAACCUAUAUAAAAGACUAUUUUUUUUUUCCCUGAGGAGAGCAUUUGGUUGAGUUUUUCCUUAAUGUAAGAAAAAUUGUAUUUUUUUUUUUUAUUUUCUUCAAACUGAAUCCUUUAUGCACCAAAGUUGGUUUUGAAAGGAAAAUAAAAUCACUUUCUUGCUUGGUUAGCAAGAAGCCAUACGGAUUUUUUUUAUCUUACAGAAAUGGAAAUAUGUGUAACUUGUUAGUAUUGUAUCAAACAAAUGUUGCAUAGAGAUAAUAGAACAUUGCUUGUAAAUAAUUCAGCAGAUUUGUAAUAUAUUUUUAUAUUAUGAAAUGUACUGUAGAUGUUUUUCUAGAGGCAUGAAAGUUAAAUGUAUAUAUUAUGGUUAGAAAUAAUAUUGAUGUGGUCCAGGAGGUGGCGCAGUGGAUAAAAUGUUGCUCUCUCAAGCAUGAGGUCCUGAGUUCAAUCCCUGGCAGCACAUGUACCAGAGUGAUGUCUGGUUCUUUCUCUCUCCUAUCCCUCUCAUGAAUAAAUAAAUAAAAUAUUUAAAAAAAAAAAAAGAAAUAAUAUUGAAGGAUAUUGUAAUUCACUAGUGCUGCCAGAGGAAUUGUUAAUAAAGCACCUUCUUUAACAAUAAAUGUCUUUUUGCAGACUUAAGGGACUAUGUACUACUGUUAAUAUCUAUAAGAACAAAACACAUUGAACAUCCUUCCAGAAAGUCUUUGAGGGAGGACCUAUGCCCAUAAUAGAAUUAUGGCACUCAUUUCUGACAGUGACCAUGAAAUCAUAUAUUUCCUUACUGUUGGAAGGACAUAUUGUAAAGUAUGUGGUUAUAUGCAGUCAAACUGCAGAAAAUACUCCGAAUUGAGGAGUUUUCACUUUACUACAGUGAUGUAUUUAAAAUAAAAAAAUUUUAAAAAACCAGUUUUUACACAAAAAAUUUUUUAAAGAAAGAAUAGGAAAAAUUAUAAAAUCAAACCUUUGCUUCCAAAACCAGGAAAGAUUCCAUGACACACAAGUUUCAUUACUCAUUUAUUUUAAAAAAUUUUAGAAAAGAAUAAAAGUUAUGGGAGGCGUUAUUUGUUAACAAUGGGUUAAAGCGCUAUGUACAUGAAAUGAGUCAGAAAAUUAAAUGAAGUGCAAAUACAAAAGCACUGCUACUACAAGACGUUCUGGAAUGGUUGUUUAAUAAGGGUAUUAUCCAUUUGAUCUGUAGCAGAUGUGAUUUUUUUUUAAACAGCAGUGUGUUUUACUAUUUUUAAAUUUCUUUUGCUUAAGCACUUCAUCAAUUGCUUUAUUCUGUAUCUACGAAGUAAUCUGCAAUCUUUUUUGUUCUUUUUAAAUUUUGAUUUGUUAUAAAUUGCCAAAUAGAAGUGUUUCAGAUAUAUAGUUUGUACCUGUAUUUUUAAUUUUAUUCCCUCAUAUUCUUGUAAGUCAUUUUUAAUUGACCGAUGAUUGUAGACCUUGCCUGAGUAUUUUUUUCUAAUAAAACAAAGCAAAUCACAUUUAGCUUCACAA